UUCUGACAGAAAUCUAUCUUCAAGUGAGGGAUUGAGGAGUGGAGGAAGGAUUUGGAGAGAAAGUCAGAUAUCCAAGAGAAUGAACCUAGGGAGAGAAGAAGAUAAAGAGAUGUGCAUGACAUGGAUGAGCAGAGGAAAGUAGCAGCCUAAUCUCAGUGUCUCACAAAGGCUUUCGUCAAAACAAAUAAUGGGUGGUAGAGGAGUUAUUGGGGAUAAAUGGUCAAUGAGGAUUCUGUGGGGUUGUGUGAUUGGAAGUGCUGUAGGCCUGUGGAUGGUUGGUGUUGAAAGGCAGGCCCAGAACAGGGAACGUGCUUUGGCUGAAAGCUUGAAGGCCAUGGAUUCAGGUGCAGAUGGUCAAUCCAGUGGUGAAGUAGUUUGAAUAAUUAACUAAGAUAGUUGAUCCCCAAGCCUUUAUUCGUGAGACAUAGCAAACCGUCUCUUUUGUUUCUUGCGUAGAACUUUGCUUUCUCCUUUUCUUGGCCUUACUUCUUUGAAGUAUCAUCCCUUUAGCUCAGUUUUCCAUGUGUACCAGAUGAUUGUUUCUCCAGCUGAAGCUUUCAUUCUAUUCAAUUCAUGGAGAACUUCUUGGGUCUUCAGGAAUUUGAGCUAUGGUUCAGUAAACCUAGUCAUCUCACAAGGGGAGCCCAAGUUUGAAAUGCAUGAAAUUGAGCCCCCAAAGAAGGAGAAGUGGAAGACCAAGAAGCGAUUAAAGUUGCAGUGUAAGAGAGAGAAGCGAAAGAGGAAAGCAGUUAAUAAGAGGGAUCCACGAUGUCUUGGGGUCAAGGGGAAGAAGCAGAAAUUCUCAAAUGUGGAGGCUAGAAUCAAAUACAAAAUUGAAAAGGCCAAAAUCAAGGAAGCUUUAUUAAUUGAGAGGUUGAAGAGGUAUGAAGUUCCUAAAGUUCAAGGCCCAGUGGUUCAACCGGACAACCUCACUGGUGAGGAGCGGUUCUACAUGAAAAAGAUGGCCCAGAAAAGGUCUAAUUAUGUGCCAGUUGGCAGAAGAGGGGUUUUUGGAGGUGUUAUUCUGAAUAUGCAUCUGCACUGGAAGAAGUAUGAAACUGUUAAGGUCAUCUGCAAGCCUUGUAAACCUGGUCAAGUACAUGAGUAUGCAAGGGAGAUUGCUAGAUUAAGUGGUGGGAUCCCAAUUCAGAUAAUUGGAGAUGACACUAUAAUAUUCUAUCGCGGAAUUAAUUAUAUUCAGCUAGAAAUUAUGUCUCCUAUUGAUACGUUGUCCAAGAAAAGGGCACUUGAAAAAUCAAAGUAUGAGCAGUCACUUGAGUCCGUGAGGCACUUCAUAGCUGUAGCUGAGAGGGAAUUGAAACUCUAUUAUAGGCAUGUUGCACUUUAUGGUGACCCGAGUACUCAGGACUCCACUUCAACCUUUCCCAGUCCUAGAAAAGGCUCUUGUGAACAUGGAAUCCCCAAAGAAUUUGAUUUAGGAAGCCUUGAUUCAACUAGUCAUGGCACGUUCGCUAAUCUUUCAAAAGUCGAGAAUUUUACAGGUCUACAAUUAUCAGUAGCCGAUGUUGACUCUGAAGACGAAUUCUUGAUGGGAAUUGAAGCUGUUUUUGAGGAUGAAUUCCGAUGUUGA